AUGGCCUCGCUUCCCCAGCAAAGAGCCGCCACUCGCUUGUCCCACGAGUCGUCGCGUUCCAAAAUCCGUGGCCGUACCAUUGUCAAGCCCAUCCUUAAAAAGCUCAACUCCCACUCCACAUCCGACAGAGGCUCCUUCGAUCUCGAUCCCGGCUGGGACGACCUACCUUCUCCCUCUGCUGACCACGACUUCCUCUACUCUGAUGCCACGCCUGCACCCCAUGGAGACCUGUUUCGACCCCGCGACGUGAGCUUCUCGACUGCUGCAUCCCUCGAGUAUUCUACCAGUACUUGGCGAUCCAAAAACAAGUACUCCCACAUGCGUUCAACUAGUGGUACCUCGCACACCUCGUCCAUUGCCACAAACGUCAGUGCCCGCAACGGAACAUUUGUUCACCCUUGCCAGCAGACUCCCAUGACCGCCACGCCUUCUCUGUCCUAUGCCAAUUCCAUUGCUUCCCUCGACCUCUCCGCACCUGGCCCCCGCGAGUAUGCCUCCACCAUCACCGAGGACGACGACCUCAUCUCCCCAACCACCACAACCGUCCCACGCGCCGCCACUCCCACCGCUCCCACAAUUACCAUCCAUGCCCUCAACUCGCGCCUCCGGGGACCUUCGCUCGACGAAUCUCAACACACCCUCGCCCUUACCGACCGCUACCUGUCGAGGCCAGCCCUUACCUCGCGCUCCAACUCGGCCACCACGGCCAUGUACGUCCCCGCUCCAUCCUCCUCCGAGUUUGCCAUGUCCUCGACACCUCCUCUCCUCAUGGCCCCCAUCUCCACCUCCAUGUCGUCCUCGGGAACCCCUACCUCGUCCUCUCCCCUGUCCCCUCUGCGCAACUCUCUUGACCUCAGCGGCUUCCGUCUGCGCUCUCGCAGCGAGGUCGACACCCGAACCCACCAAGAGCAAGUCCGUGCCGCCCGUCGCCAGUUCCAGGAGAAGGAAAAGGCCAAGGAUGAAAAGUAUGCCCGCAAGCAGCUGCGCCGCCGCGAGCGUACCGACAACAGCCGUGAACGCGCCAAGAUCCGCAAGGGCACCAACUCUACCUCGACUGCCAAGUCCUCCGCCACUAGUAUUCGUUGUUCUGCCAGCUACGUCAACGACGACUGCUGUCAAGAUCACGAGCCCGACUUUGCAAACACCGGUGCCUAUGACCAUGCUGCUGCCGGUCAGGCCCCCGCCAGGGCCGAUGAAGUCCAGUUCCAACGACCCCCACGUCGCAAGUCGGCCAAGCAUAAGACCAAUGGCGCCUGGACGACCUUUGUGCUCUGGCUCAGAACCCGUUUACUUAGACUGGGCAAGCACUAG